AUGUUUCACCAAAUUCUGAAACAUGCUAUACGACAUAAUUCAAAUUUAUCUAUAGAACCAUUGAAAAUAGCCUUUUUUGGUAGUGAUAGAUUCAGUGUUGCUAGUUUGUGUAAAUUAGACGAAUAUAGAAGAGCAAAUCCAAAUAUAAUAGAAAGUAUUCAUGUAAUUACAAGAAGAAUUAAACCGACUGGUCGAGAUUUGAAAAAUUUAAUUGAGUUACCAGUGGGUAAAUUUGCAAAUGAUUUAAAUAUUCCAAUAAUUCGGACUGAUUCAGCUCAAGAAAUUAACAAUCUUCCUAUUGAAUUUAAUUUAAUUAUUGCUGUUAGUUUUGGAAAAUUGAUACCUGGUAAAUUUAUUUUUAGAAGCAAGUAUGGGGGGUUAAAUGUACAUCCUUCUUUAUUACCUAAAUAUUCAGGAAGCUCUCCAAUACAAUAUGCAUUACUUAAUGAUGAUAAAUACACCGGUUGUACUAUUCAAACUUUGCAUCCUACUAAAUUUGAUCAAGGAGAAAUCAUUUUGCAGUCUGAAAAGAUUCCAGUACUUGAUGAUGAUAAUUACAAUAGCUUGGUUUCGAAGUUGGGUCCCAUAGGAGGUGAGUUAUUGGUUAAAGUUAUCAAAUUAAAGCUGUUUAUAAGUCAAAAAAAAUUUGAAUCGAUUGAACAGUAUUCAAUGGCCUCAAAAAUCAGUAAAACUAUGAGUGAAAUAAUAUGGGAUUCUUACCUGGCGAGGAAAAUCAAAAGAAGAUUUGAUGCAUUGGGUCCUUUAUUUUGUUUUAUUAAUGUGAAGAUAAAAAGAAAGAAAACUGUAAUUGAGGAAAAACGUCGAGUCAUUCUUUCCGAUAUUUCAGAAAUACGUGAUCCCAAGUUGAACGUACCUUUAAAAGAAGUAGGAGAGUUUACUGUGACAACUGAUGGGUUAAUAGUCAAAGCUAUAGAAGGUUACGUACGUGUUGAGAAAGUGAAAUUAGAAGCUCAAAAUGAAGAUACUCCCCAAGCAUUUAUUAAUGGUUUUACAAAAAGAGUAGGUAAAGACAUGCCUAAAUUAUUCAUUAACUAA